AUGGCGUUGGUUCAACUCUUGAUCGUUUUGUUUGUCGCAAAUGUAUUGGAGGCCACGAAACUUAAUGUGAUGGACAAAUGUUGGCGACCAAACCCACAUUGGCGUAGAACACGUAAUCAGCUUGCCCGGUGUUCAGUCGGAUUUGCCGGAAAAAUGACAGGAAAUAUCGGUAAAGGAGUCACACAAUACAAAGUAACCGACCCUUCUGAUGAUCCUCUGAACCCAAAACCUGGAACCCUAAGAUACGGAGCAACACUCGUUAAAGGUAAAAAAUGGAUCACAUUCAAGAGAAGCAUGAAGAUCAAGCUUCAUAAACCGCUUCUAAUCAGCAGCUUCACGACACUCGAUGGCCGAGGUGCUAGUGUUCACCUCUCGGGUCCGGCUUGUCUCAUAGUCUACAAAGCAACAGAUGUGAUCAUUCAUGGACUUAAGAUCCAUGAUUGUAAAGCUCAUCCACCAAGCUCAGUGAUGGGACCAGACUCAAAGAUCAUUCAACUUGGAAAAGUUGACGGCGACGCGAUUAGGCUGGUCACGGCUAAGAAAGUAUGGAUCGACCACAACACGCUCUAUGAUUGUGAAGACGGUCUUCUAGACGUCACACGAGGGACUACUGAUGUCACAGUGUCGAACAAUUGGUUUAGGAACCAAGACAAGGUCAUGCUUCUUGGACAUGAGGAUGGCUAUGUAAGAGACAAAGACAUGAAAGUCACUGUUGUGUUUAACCACUUUGGUCCUAAUUGCAACCAGAGAAUGCCAAGAAUUAGAUAUGGAUAUGCUCAUGUUGCUAAUAACUAUUACCAAGGAUGGACUCAAUAUGCAAUUGGAGGAAGCAUGAGCCCUCGUGUGAAGAGUGAGUCAAACUACUUCGUCGCGCCAAAAUCUGGACGCAAAGAGGUGUUGGAAAAGCACGGCCUAAUUACGGCCCAGAUCAAAGGUUCACAGUCGCAAACGCUAAAACCGUUAAAGAACUCACAAGUUCAGCUGGAGCCUUACAGUGCACCAGGAACUCCAUCUGUUAGAACAACAACGCUUAACAUGACUUUUUAG